CGGUUGCUGAGGUGCCGGAGGACAUGAGGCCCGGGCCUACUAGGCAGGCCGUAGGCCAAGCCCGCGACAUCCUCUCCACGUUUCGCUUGUUUUUCACACCCGAGAUAGAAGACAUCAUCCUGGAGAUGACCAAUCUGGAGGGCGUUCGAAAAUACGGAGCCCGAGGCGACGGCGACGACGACGACGACGACCACCGCCACUACGCCGACGACCACGAAAACCACGAAAACCACGAAGACCGUGACCGCGGCGGCGGCGGCGGCCGCUGGAAAGCGAUGGACUCCACAGACCUGAGAGCCUACGUAGGGCUGCUCAUCCUAGCCGGCGUGUACAGGUCCCGAGGCGAAGCGGCCUCUAGUCUCUGGGACGCCGAGAGCGGAAGGACCAUUUUCCGCGCAACCAUGCCGCUCAAAGUCUUUCACGCUUACUUGAGACUCCUUCGCUUCGACGACCGUCAGACCAGAGCCGAGAGACGCGCAGCAGGCGGCGGUGACAAACUUGCGGCCGUGAGAGAGGUCUGGGACAAGUGGGUCGAGAGGCUGCCGCUCCUCUACAACCCCGGGCCCGACGUGACGGUGGACGAGCAACUGGUCCCUUUCAGAGGCCGAUGUCCUUUCCGCCAGUAUAUCCCAAGCAAGCCGGCCAAAUACGGCAUCAAGACAUGGGUGGCCUGCGACUCCAAAUCCAGCUACGCCUGGAAGAUGCAGGUCUACACCGGCAAGGCCACAUGCGGAGGCCCCGAGAAGAACCAGGGGAUGAGGGUCGUGCUCGAUUUGACGCAGGGACUCAGGGGUCACAACGUCACCUGCGACAAUUUCUUCACCUCAUACGAGCUCGCGCGCCAGCUCCUGACCAGGAACGUCACCGUGGUCGGCACGGUCAGAAAGAACAAGCCAGAGCUCCCGCAGGCGCUGCUCGCCUCAAAGGACAGGCUCCUCUUCUCCUCCAAGUUCGCCUUCACUUCCACCACCGCUCUGGUGUCCUACCUGGCAAAGAAAAACAAGAACGUCUUACUCCUGAGCACGCUGCACACCGAGGCUCACGUUAGCCGUCGCCAGGACAAGAAGCCGGCCAUCGUCCUAGACUACAACAGCAACAAGGGAGGUGUGGACAACCUAGACAAGGUGAUUGGAACCUACAGCUGCAGGAGGAUGACCGCGCGCUGGCCCCUGGUCAUCUUCCACAACAUCCUUGACGUGUCCUCUUACAACGCUUUUGUCAUAUGGCGAGAGCUCAACCCCACUUGGAUGCCUGGCAAGCGAAACAAGAGGAGGGUGUUCCUCGAGCAGCUGGGAAAGGCACUAGUGACUCCGUUCAUACAAAGAAGGGCCCGUCUCCCUCGCACCGAAGCCUCUGCGGCGCUCGUCAAAGCUGUUCAGAGGGCUACGUAUCGUGAUCAGCCCCGGCGGGAUCACGCCCCCGCAGCACCGGACCACGCAGCACCACCGGCCCAAGCACCCAACCCCACACAACCCAGUGAUCAACUGGAGGACACCAGGCUUCAGGAAACAGAACCCGGUGACCAGUACGAGUCAAACAACAGCCCUGUGGACGACCAGCACCUAUAUGACUCAGAUGCAUGCGGGAACAGUUUUAGACAACACACAUUCAGCCCUGCAGAUUCCAACCGGUCCGAUUCAGAGACCGAUUGCCAAGCAACAAUGGCAGGUGACUACAAUGAUUGGACGUAUGAGCACGAACACGACACUCUAAGUGAUACCGUGGAAGACACCAGGAGUCAGGAGGAGGACACCCCUCCCCAGUACGGGUCAAACACCAGACAUGCGGACAGGGACAAUGUUUACAAAGAAGCGGUUGAGGACUACUUCGACGUUGACGAUGACGAUGUUGAAGAUAUGGUUCGAGCCGAGGAGGAUGCUAAAAAACAUCAGCAGAUAGAUCUCAUGCUUAAGUGGUCGAUAUUGAACAGAACGUGGCACUCCUUUCUAGAAUGGCUAGGUGCGCGCUGGUGGGGCUCAGUCUCUGCAGAUCAGAUUAGCUCCUUCAUGGGCGGACGUAAGAUUCGCUUUGGAGAUAUUGUUAUUGCGGCACACUUUGGUGACAUGCCCGGAGGAGUAUGUUCGGUUACGGCGAAGACUCAGAACGAAGUACUGACAUUUCAUGUGGCCAUCUGUGGAGGCAGUUACAUAUGUAAGGACUUGGUAGAGGGCGACUUCUCUACGCCAAUUGACAUAAUACGACAUCUGGUCGAUAAGCUGGGUGAAGGGCGCAUUCUGCGUCAACAUUGGACAAUACCUCACAACCCAGACUACUUUUCCGUGACACAUAUAGCGGGACAAAUGUGUUACAUGAUGAAGGUGCUGAAAGACUCAUGGUGGGGAGCGUCAUACGGCAACGAAGUAUGGUCACCCCAUUACCGUGAAGUAAUAGAGCAUCUACGAAAGAAAGGACCAAUGUACGAGAACCCGGCUGCAGCAAUUCAUUAUAUGGACGAUGUCAGCCUGGGAUACCUGUUUGACAUUGUCACUGCAUUUGGGAAUAGAUUCAAGGUGACGUUCGAUACCUUUGGUUUUACAGUAGGGACAAGGGCACGCUUCUCAGAUAUCGCAGGUGUGCUGUCCUACAUCAGCAGGAUUGACAGAGUCACAUUUGUAUCUCCACCCUGUUCCCUGAUGCACGCGGACCAGAGCUUAGGGGAUGUAGAUUACAUUGCCAAUCCACAGCGCGUCGUACACUCACGAGCAACCUGUAAUGUAUUGCAACUAUAG